AUGACUGGAACAACAGACACCAUUGUUGCUCAGUCUUCAUCUGCUAAUGCAGUCAAUUUUGAUCCAAAUAACCCAUAUUUUCUCCACUCAUCAGAUGCACCAGGGAUGAGUCUUGUGAAUGCAGUAUUUGAUGGAAGAGGUUUUCAAGGCUGGAGGAGAUCAAUUCUGAUUGCACUUUCAGCAAAGAACAAGUUGGGCUUCAUUGAUGGAACAUGCCCUGCUCCUACUAUCAUUUCCAAUGAGUAUCAGCCAUGGACAAGAUGCAAUAACAUGGUGACUUCCUGGUUACUAAAUUCACUAUCCAAGGACAUUGGAGAUAGUGUCAUUUAUUCCAAAUCUACCAAAGAGCUUUGGACCAGUCUUGAGCACAGAUUUGGAAGAUCAAAUGGAGCUAAGUUGUACCACCUGCGCAAGGAACUAUCCUGUUUAGUACAAGGAACAAGUGAUAUAGCAGGGUACUUCACAAAGCUCAAACGUCCGUGGGAUGAAUUAGACUCUUUAGUCUGUGAUGUUAAGUGUGUUUGUGCUUGUGUGUGUUCUGGAAAACAGAAACUGGAGAAAUCCCUUGAAGAUGAAAGACUUAUACAAUUUCUUAUGAGUUUAAAUGAUGUCUAUGGACAGGAUGAGAGUCAGAGAGAGAUCUAUAUGAAUCCCCUUCUUUCUGCUGACUCUUCAUCCUUUAUGGUGGGCAGUCAAGCUAACCAUGCAGCACAAGGAAAUUUUGUGCAAAGAAACAACAAACAAGGGCAAAGAAACUCUGGGCAAUUUCAGCAGCAAUCUCAAAAACCAGGGAACAACAUGCAAUUUCAAAAAUCAGGAAGCAAUAUGCAGAAAAAUGGGAACACUCCACAAAGAAAUUUUGCUGCAAAAGGAAAGAAGCACAAGUUCAAUCCUAACUUAUCUUGCACCCAUUGCAAGAAAAUAGGACAUUCAAUGGGAGAUUGCUAUAGAAUCAUUGGUUUUCCUGAAGAUUUUGAAUUCACCAAUCCUAGAGGUUCUUAA